AUGUUGGAAGCUGUGACCAUGAAGGCCGUCAUCUACACCGGCGAUAAAAUCAUCUCGGUCGAAGAUCGCCCUAAACCAGUCCUUUUAGCACCCACCGAUGCGAUCGUCAAGAUCCUUCACACCACUAUAUGCGGAACAGACCUCCAUAUUCUCCAAGGUGAUGUUCCAUCGUGCAGCCCAGGCCGAAUCCUCGGCCACGAAGGAGUGGGCGUCAUCGAAUCUCUCGGCCUGGCCGUGACAAACUUUGCAAUGGGCCAGCGAGUCCUCAUUUCCUGCAUCACUUCUUGCGGAACUUGUUACUACUGCCGCCGAAGGAUGCCCUCGCAGUGCGAAUCUGGCGGCUGGAUUCUGGGGAAUCAAAUUGACGGGACACAGGCCGAGUAUGUUCGCAUUCCUCAUGCUUCGUUCUCACUGCACCCCCUGCCGGACAGCAUCGACCCCAAAGUGGCCGUCACACUGUCCGAUACGGUACCGACAUCCUAUGAAUGUGGGAUCUUGAACGGUGAGAUUCAGGCCGGAUCUACCGUUGCGAUCAUAGGGAUGGGACCCAUUGGCUUGAUGAGUCUCCAAAUGGCUCGGAAGCUCUUUGGUCCCUCUAUGAUUGUGGCAGUUGGAAGGGGAUUGUCCAGACUUGAGACGGCUAGAUCUAUGGGUGCAAGUCAUACUUUCAGUGUUCUGAACGGAAAGGAUAAUGUCAUCUCGUCAGCCCUGGCGACGACUCAAGAGAGAGGAUUUGACGUGGUCAUUGAGGCAGUGGGCACCGUGGAGUCUUUUGGGAUCGCGCAAGCUCUGGUAGGUCCCGGAGGAACAAUCGCUAGUCUGGGUGUCUUUGGUGAAUCCUGUGAGCUUCACCUGGAGAAGCUGUGGAACCGAAAUAUCUGUCUCAGAACGAGGCUGAUUGAUGCGGUUACUACGCCUGAUUUACUUAAGAUGGUUGAGGUCGACGGCAUCGACCCAAGCUUUCUGGUCUCGCAUACCUUUGAGUUCCACGAGAUUCACGAAGCCUAUGAGGCAUUUCAGGCCCCCUCGAAGCAUGGCGCCCUGAAGGUUGUGGUGUCCAUGAAUGAGCCAGUUACGAACGGCUCUUGA